AAGUGUUCGUUGUUAAAUAAUGACUCUUGUCACAAGUGGUUGCAAAGACGAUUUAAAAAGUGUUUGUAAAAUGUAAAUAAUGCUGCACUGCCGGCACCCAAGUACUAUCAGUGUACGGGACAAGACAAUGACAGCAUAUCUGGUUAAUAAAAUAAGAAAUCAUUCUUAAACUCGUAGGGAGCAGUAUAGGAAAAAUUGGUGGAAAACUACAAAAAGAUGUUUGGGACUACCUUGUAUUUGUUACUCAAUUUAAUUAAACAAUCUGAACUAAUAGGAUUUGACAUUCGUCUUGAAAACAUAGGGUGCGGUGUAGAAAAUGGGAGGAGACCUGCAAACGAUGUUUGUGUUAAAUUAUAUACAUUGUAAUGUGUGGAUAAUAAGAAAAUUUAAAGGGAGGUACGUGAUACGUUGUACAAACAACAAUACAAUCAUAGUGUGCGUGUGUUACAACGAAUUCACAUUAAUUAUUUUGUCUUCAGAAAAAGUAUUUGUAAUUUAUCUCCUCUCGACCUAUUGACCCCGCUAGAGUAAACUUAAAAAGAAUCUACCGUCUAAUCUCUUAUUUAUUCGUAUCUGAUUAGUUUUCCCAUACACGACUGACGUUAAUUCAAAUUUUACAAAUGUUUUACUUAAGUUAAUAUUUUCUUAUGAUAACUCGAAAAUUCCUGUUUAACUAUGAUAUAUUCUAGUUAACGUGGUAGAAAGUUGUUAAUUGGUGUUAUAGAGUAUACCGGGUUAGCAUGGCCUUUUGUAAUUGUCGUGACGCCAAACGUUGAAUGGUCAUUCUGAUCAACUCUCGUGGUGGACGUAAUUAAAUUUGUUUAGUAGGAUACAUAGAAGUGUUUUAGAGAUGUUUAAACAAACUUAGGUACUCCAAAUGGAUUAACAUUCCCUUAACCAUGUAAACAUAAAGAAUGAAAUAAAAGUAAUGUUUAAUAGACAGAAAUGUGAUAAUUACAAGCAAAUUAUGGUGAUAUUUCCACGCGGAUAAAAAUUCAAAAAAUGUGGAGAAAUUUUCUGUCCAGUCUCUUUCUAGCAUAUUCAGUAGCUGGUGUAUUCGAUGAACUUCCAUCAAAAGACACUAACAUUAAAUGUCCAUCUACCAAUGAAGAGACAGAAAGAUUGUACCCUCCGAAGUUCAGAGGAGUUUGGACAUCGUCGAGAUGUGAAACCAGACCCGGUCCGGAAUUUUUAGUACGAAAAUACAUAUUCCGACGUAAAAAGUUUAAAUUGAACCAGUUUUACUACUUUGAUGCACAGUGUACCAGACCGAAGUAUGGCAUCACAGCAGAAGGGUCAAUCAAAGUUCAGCAAAUGUCAUGGGUGGUCCGAGGCGGUGCCGAGUCAGUGUACAGGCUCUAUAAUGUAACGAUCAAUCCAUAUAAUAAACACUUCGCAAGAAAGCUUAGCAAGAGAAUUAAAAUGUAUUGCAAGUCAUUACAUGGUAUGAAUCUUAAGAGAUAUAGAAAAUAUAAAAUAUUCAACUUUCCACGAAAAUUCCAGAAAUCCAAAGAUUUUGAUUGUACAGGACUUUUAUCUUUAUCAUUCCACGAAUUGCAGCUAUUGAAAGUUGAAUUAAAAAAGAAAACAAACUUGAAUUCGCAUAAUUCUUACUUAAAUGAUAACCAAAUAAGCAGGUACCAGAAACCUACUCGUUUGCUGUACCUGGGGAAUAUACAUACAGAUAUUAAACAGAGAUCAACAUAUAGACCGUAUAGUUACCAGACACCACUCAAGAAGGGUAAUAGCAGAGAUUGUACAGUUUGUCGGAAAAUAAAAAAGUCAAAUGAAUUCAAGCCACCUAGAUUGGACAAAAAUCGUAAUCAAAGAAGAAUAUUCAUAGAUGGAUAUUGGAGUAGCAGAGGUUGUGAAACGAGAUCGUACGGACAGUUUUUAAAACGAUCGUUACUCUUUCAUGCUAAUGGUGUAUCAUGGGAAGGAAUGUACGAUUUCUACCGAGAUCCAGACUGUAACCAUGGUUCCCUCUCUGUUCAUGUUUCGGGAGGUUACCUAAAGGAAAGAGAAUCUCGAAUAAUCGCCGGAGCAUCCGACUAUAAAUUUAAUUUGACUCAGAUGAGUAUUAUACCGCGUGACUUUUUCACAACGGAUACACUGAACCAUGCGCGGAAUAAUUCUUGUGGAAUAAUUGGUACGUGGAAGAUUGAUUCUGCGCAGUCAGUGGUUAGUACAAAAGGUUGUGAUAUUCUUGGUUUACACGUUCCUACAACGGAAUUUGAAAUAAUCAAAUUAGAACAAAGAAAAGUUGACGAUGUUUUACUUGUUGGUGAAAGACCAACUGAUGGGAAAUCCUUAUCGGGACCAAAUAUAAGACCGACGUCAUUUCAGCCACCACUGGUUCGCUGUAUGAUUGAAAGAAAUAAUAAUGAGCUUCCAGACUUUUAAAUACCUCAAGACAUUUUAAAAAAACCCAAAUUGAUUGAUAACGAUCAAAUUUGCGGACCAUAUUUUAUAUAUAUUUGAUAUUUUAGCAUAUGUUUUCACCUCGAUUAGUUUCAAAUGAGUACUGAUUAAACGUUGAAACUAUGAUACCGAAACGUCAAAACUGGUUCUUUUGAUAGACUGUGCUUAUGCUCUGCAAAAACAAACCAGCGAAUUGUCACACAAUAUCCAAAUCUUGUUCAAAACUGUUACAAAAUAAAAAAAUAAUUACCUCAGUCAUACUACCAAUAGUGGGUAAUGGUCACUAUGCAGAGUGAAUUCUGAAUGAAACUCAAUAUAAAUCUUACAUAAAAAGACUUUAUAGAAUGAUAACGAAUCUCGACAAUGACUUUUGUCUGUUAAAAAUUUAAACAAACAAUAAAAUAAGUCCAUUUUG